AUGCCCAUGGCGGCACCGGACUUGCAAGCGCAGCUGGACUCCCUGCUCCUGCAGCUGUUCCGGGACCUAGAAGAGCUGGAGGCGAAGCGGGCGGUGUUGAACGCCCAGGUGGAGGAGGGGUGGCUCUCGCUCGCCAAGGCUCGCUAUGCCAUGGGCGCCAAGUCGGUAGGGCCCCUGCAGUACGCCUCUCGCAUGGAGCCCCAUGUUUGUGUCCACGUCAGUGAGGCCCAGGAUGGACUCCAGAAAUUCAGGGUGGUGAGAGCUGGCGUCCAGACCCCAGAGGAGGUGGGGCCCCGCGAGACAGGUUUGCGCAGGCGCAAGGGUGCCACUAGACCGCCAGAGCCCCCGGAGGCCCCCCAGGACCCUUUGAACUGGUUCGGAAUCCUGGUUCCUCACAGUCUACGGCAAGCCCAAGCCAGCUUCUGGGAUGGUGUGCAGCUGGCUGCAGACGUAGCCAGCCUUCAGAACCGCAUCGACUGGGGUCGAAGCCAGCUCCGGGGGCUCCAGGAGAAACUCAAGUUGGAGCCCGGGGCUGCCUGACCUGCAUCCACAGAGGCAGGGCAGUGAGCACAGCUGUCCUUGGAUGUGGCUGCCUUAUCACAGGCCUUCACAAGUACUUACCACAGCUACCCCUGCCCCUACCCCACCUCAGCUAAAGCACCCCCAUGUCCCUGGUCUGCAUGUUUCCAGCUUCGUUAGGUGUGAAGUUUGAAAAGGUGAACUGAGCAAUGUGAAAAGUCACUACUUUGAAACCAUCCCUAGGUCUGUGUUCUUAUAGGACACACUCCCAUGGGGCAGGUGCGUAUAGAUCAGCCAGCUGUGGUUUCAUUACAGGGUGAUGAAACACUGGACAAACAGUGGUGGGAAGGACAGGCAGUAGUGCUACAGGUUCACUAGAUCCUCAAAACCGAACUUGCUGGAGGAGAAAACCAUUCAUGGCUGACAGCCCAGGAAAAUAUGAUUUGACUCAAUAAAAAUACAAACACCUGAGUGGAUGGGCAGCCCUUGGCAGGGUCUGAGCCAGGCAAUAAAAAUGAUUUGACUUAGAUUUUUAAGGGAACUCUUGGAAGAGACCUUCCAGGUUUUAAAAAUCCUGACUUUUACUAGGAGUGAGGCCAAGCCUCUCUUCAUUUGUUGAAGGGCCAGUUGUUUCCUGUUAUAAGAAUUUCCUUCAUUUUUUCUACUGGGUUGUUGAUCUUUUUAGCAAUUUCUAGGAGCUCUUUAUGUUUGGGGGAAUUAGUCCUUUGUAUAUACUAUGAGAUGUAAAUAUUUGUUCCUAGGUUGUUUUUUAACUUUGCUUAUGGUUUUCUUUUUAUUUUUUA